AGGAGACGAUUGCCAUCUUGAUUGGAAGAAGAGUGUUUACACGUCAGUCGGUCCGGUUUUGCAGUAAGCAAUUUUUUCCCGUUUUGUCCACCGAUUGUCUGGAGAAUUUUCUUCCAGGUUUACCACCGAUUGGGCGUCACGGUCUAAUUUGUUGUGUGGUGUGACUGUUAGUGCAGUAAUAUCCAAGUGGAAGGACAUUUGUGUAAAAUAUGAAUAUUUUUCGACUGGCCGGUGAUUUGUCGCAUUUGUUGGCAAUUAUUCUGCUGCUGAUAAAAAUAUGGAAGACCAGGUCGUGUGCUGGGAUUUCUGGCAAAUCCCAGAUCCUGUUCAUGGUAGUCUAUAUUAGUCGCUAUAUGGAUCUGGUGACUACGUUUAUUAGCGUCUACAAUACAGUCAUGAAGAUGGUCUUCAUCAGCUCAUCAGUCGCAACAAUUUAUCUUAUGUAUGUGAAGUUUAAGGCGACCUACGACCACAAUCACGAUUCAUUCCGCAUUGAGUUUUUGCUGGUUCCUUGCUUCAUUCUAUCCUUACUGAUCAACGCUAGUUUCACCCCAUUGGAAGUACUGUGGACAUUCUCGAUCUAUCUUGAAGCUGUGGCAAUUUUGCCCCAAUUGUUCCUGGUCAGCAAAACGGGAGAAGCGGAAAGUAUCACCAGUCAUUAUUUGUUCGCCCUAGGCUCGUACCGUGCGUUAUAUCUACUGAAUUGGAUCUAUCGAUACUAUGCCGAGGGCCACUAUGACCUGAUUGCAAUCUUUGCUGGAGCCACACAGACGAUCCUGUACUGCGAUUUCUUCUACCUCUACAUUACCAAGGUAUUGAAGGGAAAAAAGCUUCAGCUUCCGGCGUAAGGUGAUGGUCAUUACCGUCAUUAUUAGAAGGUAGGAUAAAAGCUUUUGUCUUACAACAUAAACGUUCGUUCAAGUCAUUCUCCCAAAAGAUAAACACACUUGAUAAUAAAAACUGAUUUUCAAGAGAGAAGGCAUUAGCAAUUAAUGUGCAAAACAGAUGGUCGCAUAAGAGUGAAUAUUUAAACUCCGAAGAAGAACUAGUAGUCUUAUAAAAAUCCACAGCUUAGAGAGAAAUAGAAAACCGAAUACUAGGAAAGAUCAUUUUAAGCAAGAAAAGGGCAGCGAUCGAUUGCUUAGAAACUGCUAAAUAUAGUAAAGUGUCACAAAUAAACUUUUCGACGGAUCAAGAAAAAGAUUCCAAUACGUUGUUCAAAUGAUCUAACAGUUUACCCAACGUGUUUGCGAAAUAAAAUUAUCUAUAUGGACUGUAAAACAAUCGAACACAGUGUGAUUCUUGUGAAGAAGCUAAUUAGAACGUUAGGGAAAAAUCAUUUUAGGAGAUACAAAUGACUUCGAAACCCAACUGAAAAUUAGACUUGAAUUGUCAACAUUUUGAAUUUUCUUAAGAGCUAAAAUAAACAAAUUGUCAUUGUUUGUUUUUCAAGUUCAUGUGUUUGUAUCUUUGUUGAAUCAUUGGCCCAAAAGAAAUAUUAAACUGCUUCGAUAAGUACAUCAUGAAUGGGCAUGCGAAUCAUGUUUAAUCAGUAAUCUAAAGAUAAUUUUGCUGACACAAAAUGGAUGCUUAUUAUGUAGCAAAAGUUCUUUCCUUGAAAAUGUUAGGCCAACUUACUGUUUCUCGCUAGCAUAGUUGAUACUGAAACUAAAUACAAAUAGCACCUAGACACAAAGUUGUGUAGUUCUUUGUCCAUACCGGAUUACUUUGCAGGGCAAAGAGCUGGCGAUACCGAGAAUCCAGUAUGAAAUUUUUCUUUUGUUUCUGUAAACUAACUUGCGUGUGAGUAAAAAUAUACAUUUAGUUCGUUUAGUAUUUUUAUUUUGAUUCAUCGUACUUUAAGAAUAAGUGGAAAAAAGAUCAACGGCUUCGAAAGAAUCGUAUGUUGUGAAGAAAUAAAGGAUCAAACUGGUUGAAGCCAACUUUAUUCUUCUACUUGAUAAAAUAUUUUACUGCUACUAUGUAAUACAUCAAAUGGUAACAAUUAUUGAGAAAAUUCCAAUAAAAAUUACAAUGUA